UAAAACGUUAUCUGCACGGCGAGGAAAGAAAUACAGGUCCAAACUGAGUUCCGUAGAUGGGAAUAUCUAGGACGCUUGAGGAAUAGUGGUCAUCAUUUGCAUUGACGUACACAAAAUAUUCAGCAUGACAACAAAAGUUGCAGUGGUAACUGGUUCCAACAAAGGAAUAGGGUAUGCUAUUGUAAGAGGCCUGUGCAAGCAAUUCCAAGGUGAUGUUUUUUUGACAGCAAGAAAUGAAGAACUUGGUAAAAAGGCGGUCCAGAGCUUAAAUGAUGAGGGCCUUAACCCUAAAUUCCACCAACUUGAUAUCAAUGAUCAAACCAGCAUCGAAGUGUUUAGAGACUUCAUCCAGAAUACGUAUGGAGGCUUAGAUGUUCUAGUAAAUAAUGCAGGAAUCACAUAUAAACUAGGAUCAACUGCCCCUAUCAGUGAGCAGGCUGAAGUCACGAUGAAAACAAAUUACUUUGGAACUGUCGCUAUAUCAGAUGCAUUUUUCCCGCUUCUGAGACCGCAUGCUAGAGUGGUCAAUGUAUCUAGUAUGACAAGCAGCUAUGCCAUCAGGAAAUGUAGUCCCGAAAUGCAAGCUAAAUUUCUGAAUCCUAACAUAACAAGAGAGGAACUGACGAUAUUACUUAACGCUUUCGUACAGGCGGCAAAGACGGGGGAUCAUGAAAAGGAAGGCUAUUCGGAUAGCUCUUACGGAAUGUCAAAAAUCGGAAUUACGGUGCUCUCUCAAAUCCAAAAUCGUCAGCUUUCUACUGACCCCAGAGAAGACAUCAUCGUCAAUGCUUGCUGUCCAGGAUAUGUGGACACUGAUUUGACCUCUCACAAAGGUACAAAAACCAUCGACGAAGGCGCUGACACGCCCAUUUAUUUGUCUCUUCUUCCAGAAGGGACCAAAAGCCCCGCUGGUGACUUUGUUGCAGGCAAACAAGUACAUAAAUGGGAUGAGUAUACCUACAAAGUAGAUUAAAUAGUGCUCAACGUGUGCAACAUUUACGUCAUCAUGACGUCAGUGACAUUGUCUGUGCAGUAUACAGGGAUACUACAUUACUGUCUUUCUGAUAGUAUAUAAGUUAUGUUACUUGUAAUUAAUUGUACUAGAAGAAUAAAUGGAUACAUACUA